UCGCUCUUCGAAGCGUCACUUCGCAUCGCAGCUGCAUUUUACAAAGACAGCAGAGAAGAGGCUGGGUGAGGCUUGCCAAUUCCCGAUCGCGCCUCACCAUGCCAGCCCAAUCCUGCCUAGUUCAGCCUCACACUUGGAAACCAGGAUCCAUCCCCGGAUCACCACGGCCCUAACACACCCGACGAUGUCAUCUUCGAUCUCUGCUUGAUGUCGUGAACACACCUCCAACAUGUCCUACCAGGAUGAGGACGACGAGGCAGCGACGGUUCAACCAAGGGUUCGCUAUGAAGGCGAAGAUAUAAGCCCUACGACUACGAGAGAGUUGAAUGGCUGGUACGCUUAUCCCAUUGCAGCGGAAGUAUUUGCUGUGGUCGCCGUCGGCGCCUUUCUCCCGGUAGUUCUUGAACAACUUGCUCGCGAGAAUGGGCAUUUCUUCUCUGACAGAACAAAACCAUGCGUCGAGCAUGCCGGAAGCCUCCGGAUACGUGCCGACAAUGGUACAAAAGACGGCCAGAAAGAGCAGUGCAUGAUCAGAUUGCUGGGUAAAGACUUGUCGACGAGCAGUUUCUCACUGUACACCUUCUCGGCUGCUGUGCUUGUGCAGGCUAUUGUUCUGGUAUUGUUCAGCUCUUUUGCUGAUCACGGGCCAUAUCGCAAGAAGAUGCUCAUGAUCUGCGCUUACACCGGGUCCAUCGUCAGCAUGCUUUUCAUCUUCAUAUCACCUACGAUAUACUACCUUGCUCCGAUCCUGGUCGUUCUGGGUGUCACCAGUCUGGGUUUCUCUUUCGUCUUGUUAAACGCUUUCCUACCGUUACUAGUCGCUAACCACCCUUCCGAAUCUGACCUUAAAUCCUUCAACUCGGAGUCGUCUACCUCUUUGGACCAAGAACUCGAGAGCUUCAAUCCCAAUGGUGACAGCGGCAUGCGUCGUCGUGCGAACCCAGACCAGCUGGCCAAGGAUCUGAAACGCUCUGCGGUCAUAUCUAGCAAGGGCGUUGGCUAUGGAUACAUUGCUGCAGUAUUCGUGCAAGUUAUCGCUAUUGGCAUCCUCUUCCUAUUUAGCAAGACCUCUUUUGGCAAAGCCCACCCGAGCUUUUCCAUGCGCGUCAUUCUAUUCGUCGUGGGGCUCUGGUGGGCAGUUUUCACCAUCCCAACCUUACUUUGGCUGCGACCACGUCCCGGCUCACCACUUUCCACGAAUCAAGAACCCUCCUUCGGCAAGCAGCCAUCCAGGCUUAAGCGCUUCUUCUACUACCUCUCCUUCUCCCUCGGCUCUUUCUGGACAACUCUCCGCCGCGCAAUUCGCCUCCGCCAGACACUCCUUUUCUUGAUAAGCUGGUUUCUUCUCUCCGACGCGGUCGCCACAAUAUCCGGCACCGCAGUCCUCUUCGCACGCACAGAGCUGCAAAUGAGUACCAUCGCUAUCGCACUGCUAUCCAUAACGUCUAUCGGCUCCGGCAUAAUUGGCGCAUUUGCAUGGCCACGCAUCGCAGCGUGGUACACGCUGCAGUCAAAGACAGUCCUGCUGCUGUGCGUUGCAGGAAUGGAGAUCAUCCCCUUGUAUGGACUGCUGGGAUACAUCCCCCUCUUCAAGAAGCUCGGCUUCAUCGGCCUCCAAAAAGCUUGGGAAAUCUACCCCAUCGCCGUGCUCCACGGCAUCGUCAUGGGCGGUAUCAGCUCCUACGCGCGCUCCGUGUACGCCCCACUCAUUCCCGAGGGUAGCGAGGCAGCGUUCUUCGCGCUCUAUGCAGUUACGGAUAAAGGAAGUAGUGCGUUCGGGCCGGCGCUUGUGGGAUGGAUAGUCGAUCAUGCGGGAAGCAUUCGUCCGGCGUUCAUCUUUUUGGCGGUCUUGGUUGUGUUGCCUGCGCCGUUGUUGUGGAGGCUGGAUGUUGAGAGGGGGAGGGAAGAUGCGAGGGUCAUGGCGGAGAGUGAGGUUGGGCCGGGGAGGGGGAGCUAUGAGAGGGUUGGUAGGGAUUGAGGGGCGAGUGUCAUUGUUUUGAGUGGGAAAGGAGAAUCGAGGUUAUGAUGUUAUGAGGUUAUGAUAGAUUGCAUGAAGUGUGACAUUCUUACUCUACCAAAGCAUGGAGGAACAUGCACCUUGUCAAUAGCCACCACACUGCCCUCCAGUGCUAUGGCCUUCUCUUCUCUCCCGGGCUUUCCGUCGAUGCUGUCGCACCUGAUCGAUUGGUUUGAUGAAAUAUUGUUCAGAUAUGCAUCGUUGGAAUCCCUUUCAGACUGACUGAUGAGACAAUCCAAUUCCUGCUUGCGGCCCAG